AUGAAACAAUUAUCUCAUGGACGCCUUCUGAAGUUAUCGUUUGGAUCCCUUUCUCCCCUCAAGUGGGUUGAAGAGACUAAAUUCUGUAGAUUGCCCCAGGGAUCUUGUCGAUAUGUUCACACCCAGUUUACAAAGCAGCUCACGGAUGAUGAAGAGGAAGAACUGGUGUCUAGUCUUGUUCAAGAUGCUUUUAACCCCUCUAAAACAGCUAGAAUGCAUUUGAGUCCUGAGCCCCAGUUAGGGGGUAUAUGUCAAAAUUUAAUCUCCGCGAAUCUUACCCUAAGUGAAGAUGGAAAUGGAAAGAAAAUCCAAGAAUCAGCCACUAACGGAUGCCUUGGGUCAUUGGAUGUAAUGAAAACUGAGGAAACCGACUCACGAACUGUGAAUAAACCCUAUGAAAUAUUUGCGCGUGUACGUCUGAGCUCCCAUGCUUACACUGUCGAAGAGCUAAGGAACAUUAGCAACCGAGAAGCAAACCUAGAGUGGAUGUGCAUGCAUUGCCAAAGGUUCAACUUUAUGGGACGCAAGACGUGCCGACAAUGUGGGGUAUCUCAGGUAAAAUCGCAUCGUGAGCGUCAUCCUCCUACACGGCACGUUGUUUCUUUCCCAACAAAUUGGAUUUGUGAGGGGUGUUGUCAUCUAAACAAUACCGCCGAUGCGAUCGACAGAAAGCUCACACAUAUUUCACCUUCUCCUUUCGAAAUGCUGUCAAGAUCUACGAUGCAAAAGCACCGUGCCAAGUUCUUCUGUUCUCAGUGCUCGAAAUCUUUUGCUGGUGUUCGAGAGUGGUAUUGCCCAUACUGUGAUCACGUUAACUCCAAGGCCUCAAUGCAAUGCGCUACGUGUUUAGCAGAUCGCCCUGUAGUAUGGAAGUGCGGCGGGUGCGAGCACACACUGAAUAGUAUCUUUUCCACUGUUUGCUACAUGUGCAAGAAGUGCCGCCCCAUGAAAGUGUCCAAUUCCACAGUAUUGUGUCCAGGUUGCGGAGUCCGAAACGACUGUCGGUGGGAACUUUGUGAGGCUUGUAUGUCACCGCUUCCGGUGAUGAUCGAGACGGUGGGAAGCGCGAAACCCGUUCACCAGGCGGCCUUGAUUCCAGGGCGCUUUCCUCCUCAAAGCAUGGAUUUAGUCCCCGCGCCGCCGGAACAACGUGCUUCAGAAAGGCCAAGAGGAACACCUAAAAUCUAUUUGGACGAAAGGGGCACCGCAGAACUUCCCAUGGCGUCUGCUGCUACCCCUCAUCGGUCUUCGUUAACAUCUGACACGAACGGCUCGUGGUGGUGCAUACAGUGUAAUAUUAUUCAGCGACGUAACGCGACCUUUUGCGAUGUUUGCUUGCGGCCUCGACAUCUAGCGAAGGAGGCCUCGCUUUUGUCCAAUGGUGUGAAGAGUAUUCGCGGCAACGAGGCUGAAGAAUGCGACAAAGGGGGUCAAUCAACGUGUGAACCGCUCAAACUACCCCCGAUGGGCUCGUGGCAAUGCCCAUAUUGCAGACAAUUUAAGGACGCCAAAGUAUCGAGGUGUUGUGGAAAAAAUCGUGAGAUCCGCAAGGGCUACUGGCUCUGUCAGAAGUGUUCGAGUGUGAAUCGUAGCGAACGCGAGGUCUGCAUCGGCUGUGGCAUGUCACCUGCUUUGGCGGAGGAACAGUGGACCUGUGUAGUAUGCGAAUUCGAAAACGAGAAAGACAACCUUCUAUGCCAAGUCUGCGGAACCGAGCACGCGUUCUUGUGGCGCUGUGCCUCGUGUCAUCUCGCGGUACCGCAGUCUCAGGUCGUCUGCCCGACUUGCCUAGCAACGAAGCCGGAGGUCCCUGCCCCGAUCGUCUGUCCGGUUUGUCAGGCCUCCAACCUAUCGGUGCGCUUGGCCUGCUUUCGAUGUCGCGCCCGCUUACAGCACCCCUGGCGAUGCCCCCGCUGCGACGCCACCCACGAGGAUCGAGCGUUGCUGCGCUGCCCCGCUUGCCACGAGCCCCACCACUUCAACGAGGCGGAGGAGACGUGGGUUUGUGAGCUCUGCGCCUCCGCGAUCGCCUCUGGCGGUGAUCUUCCAGUCAGGCAACAAUGCCCUAAAUGCCAUGCCGACCGCGUUCCGGGCGGUCUUUCCUUUCCAAGCCGCUGGCGCUGUCCGCCCUGCGGGAUCUUCAAUCGUACGGCAAACCCCCAAUGCAUGGGAUGUGGAGGAGCGCGUUUGAUGCCGGAUGACUUUCACGUAAUUGUAACCUGUCCGAACUGCUUCGGGAAGACGGACGCGAAUGCAAAGGAGAAAUGCACAAACUGCGGCUUUAGUCUUUCCGAUAUGCUUACCGUUGCAGCUUCAGAAGUGCACAUGAGUCCCGCCUUGACUGCACACAGCUUAUUGGACACGAGUCCGAGAGAAAAUUCUGCUUGUCAUCAAACGACCGAAAUCGAUGUCGACGCUGCACUGCUGUCUUGCGAAAACAAAUCCUUCCAUGAAGUCUUGAAGCAGGAGAAUCUUGAUGACAGCGCCCCUUCAAAUGACAAAAUAUCUUUCGUGCACCUAUGA